AUGGGACUUUUCCCUCCUUUAGUCGCAAUUAACUUUCUCGUUACAGCGGCCUUUGCAACAGGUGUUGGAAUACCAUGUGGAAGAGCAUUAUCUGUUUUCUUCAAACUACAGCCAAUUGCAAAUUGCUUUUCAAUUGCAUUUGGUCAAGGUUUAUUAGGUCCUGGAUCGUAUUCUUUCAGCCAAAAGAACAAUAAGCGAGUAAGAUCUCUUUUUUAUUAUGCACUUACUAUCACAUUAGUUCUUCAAUUUAUUUUUGUUCCAAUUAUUGUUUUUGCUCCUGUAAGUAUCGCAAAAAUAUGGCUCCACGAAGAAGAUACUCUUAACUAUGCUAAGAAAUUACUUCCAAAACCAUUCUUUACAAACUGGACAACUGCGUGUAAUGAGGUUGUUACUGCACUCUUGCAAUGCAUGGGAUAUGCCUGGGUUGCAAUGGCUCCAAGUAUAGUCAGAGGCAUUUUUUAUAUAGUUUACUCAUUAAUCCUUUAUUACACGAACAAAUUUGAUUCAAUUAGGAUGAUUUACACAUAUUGCCUUAAUGACACAACAAUUCUUAUUCUUGAUAUAAUUAUUGUCAUCAAACCACUAAUUCAACUCUAUUCAGAGACAACAUCGUUAGAUGAUUCUAAAUCAGAUAGUAAGAAAGAUGACUCAACAACACCUACAGAUAUGGAGGAUGAAGAUGAUAAGGAAAUGAUAUGUGAGUCGCUUUAG